UUUCGCGCCAACACGCUGAAAGGAAACAUUGCUGGAGAUUUAAACCGAGAUGUCUUCACCAUCACCAUCAAAGGGAGGCCGUAAGAGAGACAGGAGCAGUAACCCAUCGACCCCGGCGAAUGAAGACCCUCUCUCCCCACCGUCACAGCGCUCGCGGUCCCAUGACACAUCCACAGAGCUGCAGCCGAUGCCCACGUCUCCAACCAUGGACAUACUGGGCCCCGCCGCCAAUGACGUGUCUCUGUUCUCCAGUCCUGUGGCGCCUCGCUCUGUCAUGCAGAGCGAGAUGGAUGCGAGCUCUCCCCUGAUGUAUGGAACGCCCAGCUCUAGAAUCGAGGGAACUCCACGCAGCGGCAUACGUGGAACUCCGGCCCGCCAGCGAGCUGAUCUGGGAUCUGUGCGGAAGGGGAAGCAGGUGGACAUCCAUUCCGAACCGCCCUCUGGAGAUGCAGGAGCUGCUGGGGAUCAGGGACAGAGACUGGUGAUCUGGGGGACGGAUGUCAAUGUGGGAACCUGCAAGGAGAAGUUUCAACGUUUUCUUCAACGUUUUACGGAUCCGAACUCCAGAGAAGAUGAGAAUGCUGGUCUGGAUCUGAACGAGCCUCUUUACAUGCAGAAGCUGGAUGAGAUCAGUGUCGUCGGUGAGCCCGUGUUAAAUGUGAGCUGCUGUCACAUUCGGACAUUUGAUGCCGAUCUGUAUCGACAGCUCAUCUGUUACCCACAGGAAGUCAUCCCCACCUUUGACAUGGCGGUCAAUGAGCUCUUCUUCGACCGUUUCCCCGACUCCAUUUUGGAGCAUCAGAUUCAAGUGCGUCCCUACAGCGCCCUGAAAACCAGAAACAUGCGUGCGCUCAAUCCCGAAGAUAUUGAUCAGCUCAUCACUAUCAGUGGGAUGGUGAUCCGCACGUCACAGCUUAUCCCGGAGAUGCAGGAGGCAUUUUUCCGCUGUCAGGUGUGCUCGUUCAACGCCCGUGUGGAGGUGGACCGCGGACGCAUCGCCGAGCCUGCCGUCUGUCGCAACUGUAACACCACCCACAGCAUGGCGCUGGUUCAUAACCGCUCGGGCUUUUCCGACAAACAAAUGAUAAAACUGCAGGAAUCUCCUGAGGACAUGCCUGCGGGUCAGACACCCCACACCACCAUCGUCUAUGCUCAUAAUGACCUGGUGGACAAAGUGCAGCCUGGCGACAGAUUGAACAUCACUGGUAUCUACAGAGCUGUGCCUAUGCGUCUAAACCCACGACAGAGUCAAGUGAAGUCUGUUUACAAGACGCACAUCGACGCCAUUCACUUCCGUAAAACAGAUGAGAAGCGUCUUCACGGUGUGGACGAGGACGGCGAGCAGAAGCUCUUCACUAAAGAGCGAGUCGCUAUACUGAAAGAGUUAGCGGCCAAACCUGACGUCUAUGAGCGACUCUCGUCAGCUCUCGCGCCCAGCAUUUACGAACACGAAGACAUCAAGAAAGGUAUCCUCUUGCAGUUAUUCGGCGGCACGCGAAAGGACUUCACACAGACGGGCCGGGGAAACUUCCGUGCCGAGGUCAACAUCCUGCUGUGUGGCGAUCCGGGCACCAGUAAAUCCCAGCUGCUCCAGUACGUGUUUAACCUUGUUCCACGUGGCCAGUACACAUCAGGGAAAGGCUCCAGCGCCGUAGGUCUCACUGCGUAUGUGAUGAAGGACCCAGAAACCCGUCAGCUGGUUCUGCAGACCGGCGCCCUCGUGCUGAGCGACAACGGAAUUUGCUGCAUCGACGAGUUUGAUAAGAUGAGCGACAGCACGCGAUCGGUGCUGCAUGAAGUCAUGGAGCAGCAGACGCUCUCUAUUGCAAAGGCUGGAAUUAUUUGCCAGCUCAAUGCUCGGACCUCCAUCCUCGCAGCAGCCAAUCCGGUGGAGUCUCAGUGGAACCCUAAAAAGACAACCAUUGAAAACAUCCAGCUUCCUCACACACUUCUGUCCAGGUUUGAUUUGAUCUUCCUGAUGCUGGACCCUCAGGAUGAGGCGUAUGACAGACGUCUCGCACAUCAUCUAGUGUCUCUGUAUUACCAGAGUGAAGACCAGAUUGAGGAGGAACAUCUGGACAUGGCUGUGCUGAAGGAUUACAUCGCUUACGCUCGCACAUCUGUGCACCCCAGACUCUCGGAGGAAGCGAGUCAAGCCCUGAUCGAGGCCUAUGUAGACAUGCGUAAGAUCGGAAGUGGGCGGGGCAUGGUGUCUGCGUACCCCCGUCAGCUGGAGUCUCUCAUCCGAUUGGCUGAAGCUCAUGCUAAAGUGCGUUUCUGCAAUAAGGUCGAGUCCAUCGAUGUUGAGGAAGCCAAGAGACUCCACAGAGAGGCACUGAAACAGUCGGCAACUGAUCCCAGAACAGGAUUCGUUGACAUUUCUAUCCUCACCACAGGUAUGAGCGCCACAGCUCGCAAGCGUAAAGAGGAAGUGGCUCAGGCCCUGAAGAAACUCAUCCAAUCAAAGGGCAAGACACCAGCUAUGAAGUACCAACAGCUGUUUGACGAUCUCCGUGGCCAAUCAGAGGCUGCCAUCACUAAAGACAUGUUUGAUGAGGCACUUCGCGCGCUCGCUGAUGAAGAUUAUCUGACUGUCACAGGAAAGACUGUUCGUCUGCUGUAAACAUGCAUGAUACACGUGUGCUGCUUUUCCAUUCUGUUGCUUCAUUCUUUUUGUGUUAUGUGUUAAUAGCUGUAUGUAUGAUACCUUUCCUUGUUGCAAUAAAUGAAUUUUGUUCAUCAAAA